AUGGCUUUCAUCAUCCCACCAGAAAAGCUUUAUCGGUAUAAUCCUUUACCAACAGCACAAUGCAUCCGCCUCCUUCGCAUAGACUCCACGCCCACCGAACCACUCUCCUGCACCCUGGAGAUAGUGAAUCUAGACGACUCACCUCUCUACGACUGUCUAUCCUACACCUGGGGCGAUCCACUAUACCAAAAGUUCUGGCCUCCCGAAGAGCAACGCGAGAUCAACGGACUCCCUAAAUAUGAGAUUUCGCUUAAUAAUCACAAUGCCCCUGAGGACGAAGACAUGCGUAUCGGUAUUGCCGAGAACUUGUAUGAAGCGCUUAAAAGACUGUGUCGGAAUAAACAUAGGUCGCCGAGUGGGCAUGAACAUGGGUACGAGAAGCAGAGUGGGAUUUGGAUUGAUGCGGUUUGUAUCAAUCAACGCGAUCCGGUAGAACAGGCCCACCAGGUUAAUAUGAUGAGGGAUAUUUAUUCGAAGUCUUUAAGUGUUGUCGUUUGGUUAGGCCCAAAUGACCCGGAGUUGGAGACUGCACUUGAAGUGUUACACCUGCUAGCUUCUGUUCCCCAGGAUAAACUAUAUGGAGAGUUCCCAUACGAUGACAUCUUUGAAGUGGAAAUUUACAAAAGCCUCAAUAUCAGAUAUAUCGAAUCGUGGGAAUGGCAAGCUUUUGCUGCUUUCAUUCUUCGCAACUGGUUCAGCCGAAUUUGGGUAGUUCAAGAGACUUGGGCAGCUAAAAAUCUAAUAGUAUUUGUGGCAUCACAUACGCUAUUAUGGGCUUCCAUCAUUGCUGCAAUUAGAACGAUGAAAGAGUCAAGACUUGACGAACUCCUAAAUCAGCAAGUGGAGAAAACUGUCAAUGGCGACGCUACAAUAACACGGUAUAUUGGAAAUUCUAUUAGCAAUUUAGCAAUAUUUGAUGAUGUUAUUCGAGGACAGAAAGAGCUAGAUUUAGAGAGAUUAUUGGCAUCGAGUCGACAAUUCAAUGCCACAAUGCCAGAAGACAGAGUCUUUGCUGUACGAGGAAUGUGGAACCCUGGUCCGAGAGUAAAGGAAAUGACUGCCGUGGAGUGGUUAUCUAAAGAAGUAGGCAUGAAAGUGGAAGACGCAUACACUAAAGCUUCAAUCGUCUCGAUGAGAGAGCAGGGGGAUAUAAAUUUACUUUCGCUUGUGGAAGACCGUUCAACACGCAAGCUGAAGAGUUUGCCAUCAUGGGUUCCGGAUUAUAGUGUUCGACCUGUGAUGCAUCCAUUGCAAGGAAUUCCGAGACCAGAGAAGGAAUCUCAGCGUUGGAACGCAAGCCAGGGUCUAGAUUGGGUAGAGCUUAAAAAUAUUGCGGGGGAAGAUCGCGAAUUGAAUGUCAAGGGAUUUCACUUCGACCGUGUUGUUGAAUAUGCAGCCACCGAAGUAGAAAUCAGCGACAAUCAUUCAAUGCACACUGUGCUCGAACUAUUCCUGAAGGCUUUGGACACUUGCCCAGAUCAUAAUUCUCGAGAGAGGUGUCGCGAAGAGUUCUGGCGGGCACUGAUCAAGGACACAUUUCGCAACAAAGCAGCAGGAUCCGAAGCCCUCGAGGCAUUUCCAUUACUUUUCACAUACCAUCUGUGGCAAACGAAGGACGUGAUGAGGACUCUGCAAACACCUUUUUUCGAUACGGACACAGAUUCAGACUACGUCAAUGCAAGCAGAGGCGUCUCUGCUCUAGAAAAUGCUCAUGCGCGAACGCAGUCUCUAAUUUUGGAUCUCUCAUCUCGAGACGGUAUUUCAGUGGUCUCCAGCUGGGAAGAAAUGGAAAAUAUCAUAGAAUUAGGAGAACAUUUACCGAAGAUUAUGGAUAUUACGAUCGAGCAAAUAAAAUCGAGCUUUCUUUCAGCAUAUGUGGGAAGAAGAAUGUUUCGAACGAGAGAAAACCACCUUGGUAUUGCUGCUGAAUCUAUACGUCCAGAUGAUCAGGUUUGGAUCUUAGCUGGCGCUGCUGCGCCAAUGAUACUGAGAAAAGUAGAUGCUGGGAAGUGGGAACUUGUUGGUGAAGCAUAUAUUUAUGGGGUAAUGAAUGGUGAGUUGGUGCCUAAGUCAGGAGCUGGCAACGCGAUUGAAAGUCUCACACUUAUAUGA